AUACAACUAAAUAUUUAAAUACAUAUCAAUCCGAUGCAAAAUCGAAGUCAGUUGAAGUCUGCUAUUAUAUUAUCUUUCGACUUUUAAAAGAGACAUUACUAAGAUGCAUUGUAACCGACUCUUGAUGAAGUAUAUACAAAUUGAUAUAUUGGUGAUCCUGAUAAGCCUAAAAUAUGGAAAUGGAAACUACAUAGGUGGACGUGGUCGCGAAUAUCCUUCGCAGAGAAAUGGGAAUAAUAACAACGGGAUCAAAAGUGAAGAUACAUCAGACUUAGUAAGUUCCGGCGGAGUGAGGGAGGUCGGGGAAGUGUUUGUACCAAAAACAUUUUCGCUGAGCUCACAAGAGCCAACAUGCGAACAGCUUCGUGCCAUGUGGAUAUUUUCAAAAAGGCAAUCUCGGGCUGCGGAAAUUACAAACGAAAUACCGACAUAUCGUGAUCCCUUUACAUAUAAUGUUUGGGAUCCCCUUUAUUCAAAUUCACGAGUUCUUGGAUCAAUUCGGAUGGGUGCAAGAGAACGAGCACGGUCCCCUGUCUUUGGUCGUGUCGUAAGCCGAGAACCUAUUACACCGCAACGUAUGACCUUUGAGCAGCGUCAGCGAUUUGUGGACUUCGGAUCAAGUGGCAGUGGCAGUCCAGUCCAAGCUCGAUUCUAUGGGGCUGAAGGACGUCAGCAAAAUGCAGGCACACGUAGGUCAAGUAAAAAUAGAUACAUGGGAGUUCCCAACGUUACAGGAGCUAGUUUGAAUGGAAAAGAAAACUCAGUUGCUGUACAGGGCAGCUUUCAGAAACUUAAAGAGCUAAUAUGGACGGAACGUGCUAAGGAGCUAACGCAGCAACGGCGAGAUGAGGAGUUAGCGGCACGAGCAGCCGCUCUCAAAGAAAUUGCUAACGGUCAAAACAUUCAGUCGUCUUACAAGCCCCAACCCAUUAGUCCCUCUGAUUCUAUUCUAAUGGAUGAAAAUCGAAGUCCAGACGGAGGCAGCUACCAAUAUAGCAACAAUAAUCGCAUGUCAAUUUUAAGCGGGCAACCCCUUGAAAACAACAAAAAUAAUAAAAAUGAACAUAGACAUCGCGUCCGAGCAACCACACGUCGAAUUGGUAACACUAAUGUCGCUCUUUACAAUGGUAAUGCUAAACAAGCCCAUAAGGAAACCGAUAGUACUUUCCCUGGAAAUUAUGCUACAGCUCAAUCAGGCCGCGGAUCCCGCAUCCAAAUCCCUGCUACCAGCUUAUUUUCAAGUGAUUUACCAGAUAGAGAUCAUUCUGUUAUUGGAAUUCCAAGGACCUACCCUGUUCGACCAUCCCACUUCAGAGAACGAAAUCGGUCCUUGCUAAAAGAGCAAACACCCAAUGAGCACCUCCAACGUUUUAUACGAGGAUUGAUGACAUGGCCAUUGAAGAGCUCACCACCUACAGAACUACAAAAAGAUCAAAUAGACUCCAAUGGAAACAAUUUUAACCAAGUGGAUUUACUCGGACUUCACUCUAAGCCUAGCUAUGUCAACUAUUUAUCUGACUUAGCGAAUGACAGUCAGUUAAAAUUCUUAACCCAACAAAUACCGAAAACUGAACCAUUUGAAAACGAAUUCUCCGAAUACGUCAGUUAUUAGUGAAAAAACGUAGCAAUUUAAUUUCGAACCUAACUUGAUGGAAAACUCUGCUUUACUUAUGUACAUACAUAUGUAUGUAUAUCGAAUAUGCACAUUAUUUACGAAUCUUUUUUUUAUUAUAUUUAAUUAAAGUUCCUUAUGUUUAGCAUUAACUUGAAACAAA